GUGUGCACGGCGCGCUGCUGGAGACGUCGACGUGGACACUUGUUUGCCGGCGUUUCCUUUGCCGCCCCUGAAGGCGUAGCCACGGGCCGGUGUUCUCAGCUAACCCUGGACACGAACCCGCAGCGGACGCAUACGCAUACCCCCCUUGCGCUCCUUGCGCCCAUGGUCUGUUCGUCUCACAAAACCGACGCCGAGUAAGCACUCGACACCAGAAACAGCCCCGUUCCAUUCUCUGCACUCGCUACAUCGACGUUUUCUCCAGCUCUGGCGUUGAUCCUCGCCGCAUCCACUCUGUUCCCGCGUGUCCCGUCAUUGCACCCUCGCACCCGCACCCUGCUCGCCUAGCCAUCGACCAUCGACACACCAUGAGGCUGCGACAGCCGCGCGCGACGGCCCUCCUCCUGCUGCUGCCCGCAGUCCAGGUGCUCUCCGCACAGGUCCUCGCAGACGCCCGCGACGCAAAGGUCGCACGCGCCGACUCCACCGAGCUCGCCACCGCAACGGACGCACCGGUCGCAGCAGCAGCAGCUCUUGCGCCCGGCAACAAAGGCACCAAGGAUGCACCCGUGGACGGCUUCGACGGCAAGCCGCACGCUGGGCCCUAUGUCGACGACAAGACCGUGGCAACCAAGAAGGGCCCCGGCGGCAUAGAGGAGCUUCGGCCUGGCUCCCGCAAGCCGACAACGGCAGAGAAGGAGGAGCUGGCGGCCAAGAUCGAGGACGACGACAGCGUGAUGAACGACCCGAACCGGGAGUCCCCGAAAGGCGUCACCGGCACCGAGGGCGGCGUCUCUGCAAAGGACAAGGAGCGAUUGGCCCACGAGGGCAAGACGGGCGAGAAGAUGGAGAAGGUGCCCGAGUCGCCCAAGGAGGCACCCGAACUGCCCUCGUCGCAUGGCGAGCAGCAGAACCUCAAGGACAAGCUCGAGGCGUCCAAGGACAAGAGCAAGGAUGCAGACGGUGAGACUCGCGUACUGGGCGCACAGGGGCUCGAGAAACCCACAGAUCUACCCGACAGCCCACACGACAUUCCCCAUCCCAUCCCUCCCUCGUCAGAGAAGACCAACCCGCUCGACACCACGCCCAAGACAGACGCGGGCGCCGUGCCCGCGGACGGCGAACCCGGCGGCGUCAUCCAGCCCUUCCACUCCUUCGUUCUUUCCUUCACCAUGAUCAUCUUCUCCGAGAUUGGCGACAAGACCUUCCUCGUCGCUGCCCUUAUGGCCAUGCGCCAUCCCCGCAUCCUCGUCUUCUCCGCCGCCUUUUCCGCCCUCAUCGUCAUGACCGUCCUCUCCGCGGUCCUAGGCCACGCCGUGCCAACACUGAUUCCCGAACGCUUUACCCACCUCGCUGCCGCUGGCCUUUUCCUCAUCUUCGGUGUGAAGCUGAUGCGUGAAGGUAUGGCCAUGAGCCCCGAUGAGGGUGUUGGAGAAGAGAUGCGCGAAGUGGAACAGGAGCUGGAAGAGAAGGAGUCCCAAGCUAGGCAACAAAAGGGCGGCCGCAGAAAGUCGUCCAUCUCUCCCUACGUGCUCGAAUCCGGCCGCGCUCGCCGCUCGCGUUCCAACUCUCGACUGCCCGCCCCAGCCCGCAGUCCUUCCUCUUCACCUGAUCGUGCUCCUUCACCAACCGGUUCCUCUCUUUCCGGCGCACUGAGCGGCCUCAACAAUCUGUUUUCUCUUCUUCUCAGCCCUGCUUGGGUGCAGACUUUCGUCAUGACAUUCCUAGGCGAGUGGGGCGACCGUAGCCAGAUCGCCACAGUGGCAAUGGCCGCCGGCUCGGACUACUGGUGGGUGACUGGAGGUGCGAUUGUUGGGCAUGGUCUUUGUACAGCAGGCGCUGUCAUCGGCGGCCGUGCAAUUGCUGGCAAGGUCAGCAUGCGUGUUGUGACUCUCGGAGGUGCCGUUGCGUUCCUCGCAUUUGGAGUUAUUUACUUAUUCGAGGCCAUCUACCACGAGUAGAGACGUGCACCGUACUAGAUCGAAACAUGCAUUCCACGGCGCCUCGGGAUGUACACACAAACACUGUUAUCUGCUAUAUAUCCUUUGUAAUACUCUGCGUAGCAGAGGUGCUCUGAUCCUUCGCUCUGUAAUUUUAGUACGAUACGGUCGGAAAAGUUCACGGUCGGAAACUGGAGUUUCUGGUGGUUUGCAUAUACACGGAUGAGAACAUUACGACAAGAUCGAGGGCAUAACAGCUGCGUUGCAAUAGAAGUCUUCUGCAUCUACAAUUUCGUUUCC